AUGGUGGCCCUAAGGAACAGAAGUAUCCUUGUGGGCUUUGAGCAGAGCUCCCUUUCCACUCAGGCAUCGCUCUUUGCCCUCUUCCUAGGCGUCUUCCUAAGCCUUGCCACGGCCAUGAAUGGCCUCAUCAUCUUCAUCGCCUGGAACCCCAGACUUAACAGCCCCAUGUAUGUCUUCCUUGGCCGCCCAUCCUUCCGGAAUAUCUGCCUAAUCACCACCACUAUCCCAAAGAUGCUGAUCUACCCGGUGGUCAAGAACCACACUCCUUUGCCUCCAGCCUGACUCAGAUAGAGGCUGGGUUUUGGUGUGGGUGUGGCCAAGGGCAUCCUCUUGGCUUUUAUGGCCCAUGGUCAUUAUGCUAUCUGCCAACGGUUUAGCCACGCCCAGAUGGUGAGCCAGCAUGUCUGUGUGAGGCAGGUGAGUAAUGCCUGGUUCUUUGGGCUGAUCAAUAGCAUCCCUCUUGAUUAUAAUUUCAUGGUCCAUUUUUGUAGAGAAAACUACAUAGAAAGCUUCUUCUGUGAGGCCCCCAUAGUGAUCACCCUCUGUAGAGACCCUCCAUUUAGUCUGAGGGUGACCCUUGCCAAUGCCACAGUGGUGGUGCUCAUUGUCAUCUCCCGUGCCCGCAUCCUGGCCUCCAUUCUCAGCAGAGCCUCCUCCUCAGGCGAAGGGAAGACUUUCUCUGUUUGCAACUCCCAUCCGAUUGUGAUCAUCUUCUAUACCUUGGCCAUGUUUUCUUAUGUGAACCCCAGCAGCACAUAUGGCCUUGACAAAGACAAGCCUUUUUUCCUCCUCUACAUCAUCACUACCCCCAUGUGCAAGCCCAUCAUAUACAGUUUUUAAAACAAGGAAAUGAAGAAGGCCAUGAUGAGGGCCUUUGGGAGGGCCAGCCUAGCCCAAGCACAGUCUGUCUAG